AAGAGAAACAAGAUGGCGACUCACAGUGAAGGAAGUCAAAACGAAGGCUUCUCAAAUAUUCCGUCAUCUAGCGCUGGAGCAACGGCUUCUGGACACGAAAACGAAGAACAUAACGCUAACUUUGAAUGUAAUAUUUGUCUGGAUACGGCCAAAGACGCUGUCAUUAGUUUAUGUGGACACUUAUUUUGCUGGCCUUGCUUACACAGAUGGCUAGAAACCAGACCCAACAAAUCAGUGUGUCCUGUAUGUAAAGCUGGCAUUAGCAAAGAUAAAGUUAUCCCAUUAUUUGGACGUGGAAGUAAUUCAAAACAAGACCCAAGGGAGAAAAUGCCUCCAAGACCACAAGCUAGAAGAACAGAACCAGAAAAUAAUGGGCCUUUUCAAGGAUUCGGUGAAGGGUUUCAGCUGUCAUUUGGGAUUGGUGCAUUUCCAUUUGCUUUCUUUACCUCAACAUUUGCUAAUGGUAACCAACAAGCACAGACRCCCGACUCUCCCCAGGCACAAGAUGAACAAUUCCUCUCAAAGCUCUUCUUAUGGGUUGCAUUCCUCUUUAUCUUUUGGCUACUGAUUGCAUGAUUUAUUAAUAUCUUAACAAUUCCAAUAUUAUAGAGUGUUACUUUGCAGGAAGACUUGAAUACAUAUAGAAAGUACUUUCAUUCAUUCUCAUAUCUGAGAAAUAUAGUUACAAGUACUCAUACCAAAAACAAAAUAUUACAAAUUAUGUAUAGGAUUUAUGAAACUUUCUGCAAUGAACUAGAUAGAAAUUACUUUGCAAUGGUAGUGCUCCAGUCAUGACCUAGCCUGCUUAGUGGCCCAACCCAAUCGUAUAAUACCAAAAUUAUGCAUAUGUAUUAUAUAUGUAUAUACACCCCUUUGGGCCACUGUGCAGGCUACUCAUAACCAUAAAGCUAUAUUUUUCAUGGCAUUUUGACAGAAUGACAGCACUCUGGGGUUUAGAGUGGGUGGCGCUAAUUAGAUACUGCAAUCUAUACUCUUCCUCAUUUCAUCUGCUCAAUACAGACCAUGAAAAUACUGAAAAUGUAGAUAAUAGCAUCUACAAGAAUGUAAAAGAUAAAAAAUUCCCUAGAAACUGGGGGGGAUUAUUCUGGGGGAAAACUGAACUUUAUUACCAUUUGGGCUAUGUGCAUAGGGGCCUCUAAUGAACUAUGAAUCAGGAAUGAAUGAGAUAGACUAGAUCCAUAUAGUAGCAUAUCCAAUUAUGAACCAGAUUUGUACCUACUUGGAAUAUGAUCUGAAUAAGGGAAUCAUUCACUAUAAAUUAAAGUAUGAGAAGGGGCAUAGCCAGGAUUUUGCCUUGGAGGGGGAGGGGGGCAUCAAUAUGGUAGUUGCCAAUAUUUUGUUUUUCAUUUCGAUUUUAUGUAUGAUUAAAUUAUAAUGAUAAAACUAA